ACUGGUACCUUAUAGUCCGUGCCUACCCGUGCUUUCACCAUUUCCACUGUAAAGCUAGUGCAACACAGCUACUUCUCACCCUAUUCAGCGGGAGUGUAUGCGGACCUCAAGCGGGCCAUCUCGGUGCUAUAAGGCGGGCCCCCACAAUGUCCACUAACAGUCGCCAGUAUUGGUCUAUGAGUGAAACUAAGGCCUUGCUAAACAUAUGGGCUGACGAGACUGUGCAGCAAAAAAUGGAGGGCGUUUGUCGUAACGAAGAAGUCAUUCAGUUCAUGGUAGAGGAGUUGGCAAAGUUAGGUAUUCAGCGCACAACCACCCAAGUAAGGGAGAAACUAAAAAAGAUGAGACAUUCCUAUAAGACUGUCAAGAGUGAUGGACGAAAGACUUUUCCCUUUUUUGACUUAAUGGACAGUGUACUCGGACGACGAAGAGGGGCAGAGGGUCAGCUGGGGACCAGUGAAAGUCCCAAAUGCAUUAAUGCACCUUUGGCCCAGUUAGGAGAUAAAUCACACUCUACAGAAAGCAGUGGGACCUCAGCCAUGAGAAAGGGUAAUCAUCCUGGAUUUCAUAGGGUCAGAUCUCAGACUCAUAAACGGAGAGCUGACAGUGACACUACAAAAGAGUUUCUCAGUGCAAUGACGGAGAGCCACAGACAGUGGCUGGAGAGGGAGCAGGAGCAGAGGAGGGAGGAGUGGGAGAGGGAAUCUAAGCUGAGGCACGAGGAGAUGCGGCAGGAGCUGACUUUACGCCGAGAGGAAGCAGAAAGGGAGGAGAGGCUGAGGCGUGAGGAGAUGGAGGCUCGAAGCAAAGACAGUGAGCUGCUGACCUCUUGCUUAAUGCAAAUUGCAAAGCUUAUUUCAAAGGACUCUGCGGCUUUGUAAGGACAUAGACCUUAGGCUGUUUUGUGACUGAACAUUUUUGAUGGCUAUGAAUGUAUUUGUUUUUAUUUUGUAACUACAGACACAUUCUAAUCCUGCAACAGAAUAGUAGCAAAGGACUGGUGGUAUUUUAUUAGCCUUUAUUCUAAACACUACUGCAUGGCUUUACUUGACAUGUAUUUUAUCUUUAAAAACAAAGAAAAGCAUAGUAUUUAUAUAUUUACAUAUUAUGUAUUUUAUCUCUGUAAAAGCAUUUAUGUAACUGUUGUGACUAACAGCUUGUGUUCUAGUUCAUUUUAUAAAUGAGUCAUUCAAUGCACAGCCCACA